AAAACCUCCCCAAACAAGUAAUUGUUCGUAUCUUUAGGUAGCGUAGCAUGCGCUCGCUUUACUUUUCUUCAGUUGCCAACAGCUUGACGCCUUGUGGCUUACGUUCACGUCGCACUCGGCACUUCUGCAUUCUAAGCAAUUACACCAGUGCUUGUCGGCGGUUGAAAUCGUCAGCGUCUGAGGAUGUUCCAGGACCUAGUGCGUUAGGAACCCUGGAAGUGGACCCUGAGGAAGCAUGGCAGCGGCUUAGCCUUGUUCAAAGACAGCUAAACGUUGCUGUGGCAGAUGAGGACUACACGCUGGCUGCUAGACUCCGCGACGAACAGAAGGUCCUGUCCGAGUGCCUGCCUCCCCUGCUGCAAUAUGCGCUGGGCCAGGUGGCCAAGCUGCGAUCUGGGUCGACGCAGGAACGAGUCCAAGCCAUCAAAAACCUAGGUGAAUCUGGCCAAUCUGCCGUACUUCCCGACUUGGCCGCCUGCCUGGCGGUUCCGGAGCUGCAGGAGGCGGCGGAGCGGGCCAUGUGGGCCUUAUUCAUGCAGGCGAGGGACCCCCGCGUCAACGAGCUGAUGGCAGAGGGAUGUUCGUACAUGCGCGCACCUGCCACGUACGACAAGGCCCUUGCCGCGUUUGACCGCAUGAUCCAGGUGCAGCCGUCCUUCGUGGAGGGUUACAACAAGCGUGCCACUGUGCUGUACCUGUUGGGGCGCUACGAGGAGGGCAUCGAGGAGUGCCGCAGAGUGCUGGACAUGCAGCCGUACCAUUUUGGCGCGGCAUCCGGUCUGGGUCUGUGUCUGCUGCAGCUGUCCCGCUAUGAGGGCGCGCUGGCGGCCUUCCGGGGGGCGCUCGCGAUCCAUCCGGGCAUGGACAACAUUCGGAGGUUCGUGGAGGACCUGAAGAGGCACGUGGAGGAGUCGGGGUCUGAAGGAGAGGAGGAUGGAGAGCAGGGAAAGAAAGGAGGGAGAAGCGAGGGAAGAGGGAAGGGUAGAAGGGAGGAGGAGAAGGGUGACGGUGGUGGGCAAGAGGGGGAGGAUGGUCGGUAAGAAGGGAAGAGGACGUGUCGGAGUGUAAAGCAGCCGACGACUCUACCAGCUGUCAUGAGCUGCUAUUAGCCAUUGAGACUUGCUGCAAUGUGGUGGCUUCUGUUAGAGAGAAAUAGACAUGAUGGGGACCUUUUUGUGCUCCGGGUAAUCAGGAUGGCGAGAGACCAGUCUGGACCUUAGCACUUUCAAGACGUUAGUUAGCGAGGAACUCGCUAGGUUGAAUCCUGAAGUUCAGUGCUCAAUUGCACCUUUGACCUAUCAUCGCGUACUAGCGAAAUUGGAACCGCCGUACGGUACAUAUUUGCAGCGCUGUCCCCUCCGCUUGCUGUUCGUGGUUUGCCUGUUAUAAGGCUUUCAAAGUGUAAUACGGAAUUAACAGGGAAAGACAUAAACUUGAAACUCCUUAUUUGAGCUGGCGCGCAAGCAGGUGUUGUGUACACUGUGGAGCCGUUCUGGUUCAUUGCUGGCAAGACCGGCAAGCGCUCGUAAUGUCUUCGUGGGUGUCUCUUCCAUAACAUAGAAGGUGUAACAUGGCUUAAGGUCCUUUGUGAACUUAGUUAACAACGUCGUACUGCUGGUUGAGGCAUGUCAAGGCGCCAACCUGCGGGGCGCACUGACCCCACCGGGCAUACCCGCAUUCCUGCCUCUAUCAAGACUUUCCUUACUCAGCUACCGGCCACGGUGGAGCGUCUACUGGGUCCGGCGCAGCUGAGCAGCAGCCAAACUAAUGGGUCACAAAUGACACCCGCCGCCUUAAGGAGCUUCCAUGUGCAAAUAGCAGCGCUUAAAGACUUCCAUCAGCUGCCGGGCGGCUUCGAAUCCUCUAACGCCGUGAUCGCUGCCGACAGAGCGAUUGGGGUGGCCGUACUGCGCUUGAUGGCCGCUGUGUAUCGGCUAAAGCCCACGGAGAUGCACCCGGACGGCUCAUCACCCCAGGGCUGGCUCCACUCCAGCAUCUGUGUCGCCUUCCAAACGCUUGUAGAUGCGGCCUUUCGAAGUAGCAGCCUGGAACACCCGCUGUGGUUUUCGCGCCAGAUUGUGCGCAUGGAGUGCCUACAAGCUUGUGCUCGCCAGCUGGACGCUGCGACUGGGCCUCUGCUGGCUUCCAUCAGCGCAAGCAACACGCAGGAGCAGCGAUUUGUGCAGUCUGACCAGGAAUGUCACAAACACGCAGAGCGAGCCAUUUGCACUGCCCUUACGCUUGUGACCUGCUUGGCGAACACAGCCCUCCACUGUGUGCUUCCAAAGCGGCCCUUGUCGGGAGACCUUUCCUACUGCCAGGAGUUGGUGGUUGGCCUGGACAACAGCUGCGUGCUGGAGCACCUGGGCCGGGCGCUUAUGGCCGUCAGCUCAGUCCCCAUGGACCUGACAGCUAAUCCUAACCGGCAUCCGGUCGCCUUGCCCGUCAUGUCAAAGCGUUUCUCUCUCGUUGUCGACAUGCUGGUUGACGUGCUGGAAGGCAUCAGCCGCGUGGCCUCCUUAACCAACGGCAUGCAUGCCGUGGGUAACCAGCUGCGAAAGGUGCUGUCCGGCAGCUGCCUUAGCCACGCAGUCAUCGUGCAUGGCCUGGCAGGGCUUUGCGCUCUGGACGGUGGCAGCUGGUACGGCCUGCCCUUAGACGUCCGGCGUUGCGCGACUCGCAGCGUGCUUGGGGCCGUGGAGCCUGUGCCGCAGCUGGUGCCAACGACUAUCAUGCGGGCAUUCGUGAAAGCGCUCUCCUUUUCCGUGCCCCGCCCUCUGCUCGCGGCUCCACCUCUUAGCAGACGUGCGGCUCUGCCGCUGGCGCUGCGGGCGUGUCACGCGGCGAUUGCUUCUCUUCAAGCUCCGGCGGCAUCUGCCGCAGCUUCAGGCGGUUUCCUCCAGGAUGGGUUGAAUGGUCGUCGCAGUGAAUUCCAGGAGAGGAGUGCAGGUGGUGUCGUCGGUAGCCUUGGAAAUGGGGCCGAGCGACAGCCACCCUCAUCUUCAUUGCAGGGCCCUGCAUCCACCACGCUGUGCAGCAUUGGCCCUGGCGGCGUUCUAGCCGUCGCCCUUGGUGCGCUGGGGGCUGCGCGGGGCCUUCGCAGCGGCGUCCCAGGGUCCGAGGUGUGGAUGGCCGAGGCGGAGGAGUGGUGGCGGAUGGUGGCGACAGUGGCGGGAGAUGGCCUGCAGGAGGCCGACGCUAAAGACCAAGAAGUUCUGGGACACCUUCUGGGAUGUGACUUUGAUGAAGAUUACCUCCCGUUGAGGUACGAGGCCCCGGACGACCUUACGGCGGCGCUGGCAGGCGGCCUUCUGCCCUGCCUCGAACGCCUGCUGCGACGGGCGGGGCAGUUGCCACUAGGCCCGGAGGCGGGUGUCCUGCGGAAGCUACUGGGAGGGGAUCCGGAAAGCUGCUCCGGCUACCUGGUAGCGCUGCUGGGGCACGGUGAUCAACGAGAGGCAGUUUCUCUGCUGGCAACCCUCGGGAAGCUGCUGCGUGUGGCCGAGGCGGCGUUCAGGAUGGCGAAAUCUGACUCGGCACCAUUUGCGUCAUCCGAUGAGGACGGGCUUGGAACGCCCAUCUGCAUUGUGCGGGCGGCGUGCUUGGGACUGAUAGGCCAGGUGGUGCCUAUGGAUGCUGGUAGGCAGCAGGAGGGGGAGUUGAGCCCGGUGGAUCAGUGGAUGCGGCUCCAGUCCUACGCAGCAGCUGCAUGGCUUCCGACGCUGUCGCGCAUCCUGCGGCAUACUGCGGAUCGAGUCUUGCAGGAGUUGCGUCGGCGGCCGGGAGGAUCCGUGCUUGAUAAGGCCAACGAGCAAAUGGUCUGGAUCCUAGUCAGCGCUGUCCUCGGGUGGCUGGAUCUCAUGUUGCAUCGUUUCUCACAGGACUUCGGAGUCGGCAGCCGCCAGAAGGCAAGAGCCGAGGCAUCCAACGGUGCUGCAGGCAAAUGGGACGAGGCGAGCGAAGGCGGCGAUGACGGCUGGCAGCAGUUUCUUUUGGAGGAGGUUCGUGUGGUGCCGCUGCUGGGCGCUAUCAUGCAUCUACUGCCGCUGCUUGCUGACUUGCCCACUGAAGCCCUGGACUCGCUGGCUACCUGCUGCUGCACUGUAGCUGGGGAAUGGCCGAAGCGGAUGCGGCUGGAGGCCCUGGUUGUUGUUGGUUCCGAGGAGGCGCAAUGCAGUGCCGACAUCCUGCUCUGGCGGCCAGCCCUCCUUGCAGCCAUUCCGAAACUCCAGGCGAAGCGGGUGCACACGGCUGGGGUAAAGCUGCUGGCCAGACGGCUGGAGGCGUGGCGUGCUGGUGAGUGGUUUGCGGACGAGGACGAGAGUGGUGCCUCGGAGCUGUUGCAGCUGGCUGUCGCGUCGACACGGCCUUUGUUUGCAAGGAAACGGCUGGCGCUGUCGACGGCUUUGGCGCCGCCUGCUCGCGUCGCUCGCAUGCUACGGACGUGCGGCUACCCUGGCUGCACCAACCUGGCGGGGGA